GUUGCGUUGGUUUGCAUACAUAUAUUCGUGCGUCAUGCUCUGAAAAUGUAGAUAUUAUUGUGUUCCCGUCAUAAAAAUUAAAAGACGGUGACAGUUACGGGGGUGGUCAUUGAGGAUAUGAAAUGAAUGGUUCGACGCAUGCGCUUUGCGCCGGUUUUCAGCGAGAUAUAAGCAAGCGAAAUCAUCCUAGCACCGCACAACUUUCGCAAACGAUCUCGCAGAGAACAGCGAAGCCCGCAUCCCAUUAAUCAUCACUACACCACUUCCGAUGUUUUUAACACUCGUACUAUAAAAUAUUUACGCCGUGAGUUGUGACUAGGUUUUCCGCAGUGCAUAUAUUAUUUAUUACUAUUUGCAAAAACUUUUAUUAGUUCUCUCCAAGUUUUUCGGCGCGCAACAUUAAACAGUUGGCUGGAAAGGAUUAUUUUGGAUUCUUCAAGCAUCCCCCGACACUCUUCCUACAAAAUGAUGUGGUGGGCAAUAUGGUGCGCUGCAGUGGUGGCCGGAGCCGCAGCCGCGCCAGCCGCCGACGCGCUAGCGCCCCUCGCGCUCGACCUGCAACAGAUCGAUUCCCUCACACCUGACGAUGAGAGCAUGAGCUACGCGGGGCCGGCAGGUCGCUACGCUGCGUCCGCGCCGCUGGUCUACCUACUGCCCGACAUGCCCCGCGACGCGCAGAGGGCGAUCGGCAGUGGUGAGCGGCGCUCGCGACCAAAGCGCAAGAUGCCGUCACUGUCCAUCAACAACCCGAUGGAAGUGUUGCGGCAGCGGCUUAUGCUGGAGGUGGCCCGCAAGCAGAUGCGCGAAGCCAGCCAGCGGCAGGCCGUCGCCAACCGACUCUUCCUGCAGAAUGUCGGAAAACGCGGAUUUUGGGCGAACUCUGGUCCGGCUCCGUACGACAACUAGAGCACCCGGCGCCCGCGCUCCACCCCGCCGUCGCCGGGAGCCCUCCGUCUACGAUACAAGCUCUAUGAUAAGUACCCACGUUACCUACUCUUCGCCGGCAGAUUGAUUUCAUUUAUAUAUUUAUUUUAUUAAUGUACUAUAUACCGCCAAGUGGCUGUUGCACCUACUGAUGUGUAAUAAGUAAUAUAU